UCUCUUGACGUCAAAACAACCACCCCUCCAACAGAUAUCACUACCACGGUUAGAGCUGUGUGGAGCGGUACUGCUCGCGCAGCUAAUUUUCCGAGUCCGUCAAACUUUAUCUCUCAACCAAGCAAGCUGUCACUGCUGGUCGGACUCAAACAUAGCUCUAGCUUGGAUUCGGGAACAUCCUACGGCGUGGAAAACUUACGUGACCAACAGGGUGUCAGAAAUUCAGAUCACCCUCCCGCAAGCUUCAUGGCAUCACGUCGCCGGUACUGACAACCCGGCCGACUUGCCAUCACGAGGCGUCUCAGGUGCUGAUUUAGUUGACUCAUCCAUCUGGUUACAUGGUCCGCCCUUUCUGAUUGAGACGAAUUCUCCAUGGAGUAGUGCAGGUGACCGUGAAGAAGAAGACCUGCAAGAUGAGUUGCCCGAGCGAAGAAACGUCGUGUGCCACGCAACAUGUGCACCACCAUCUAAUGGUUCGUUAGACCCAUUGUAUAUAACAAGAUUCAGCAGAUUGUCCACGCUCUUACGAGCCGUCGGUCGCUGGCUUUGCGCCCUACAGCGAGCACGAUCUUGAUUAUCACUCGAGCACAGAAGAGAUCAAGAAGACGCGCGACCAGGUCUACCGACCCCUGCUCUGCUUCAACGCACGCUUCAGGCAGUUAUUUUCUGGGUGCAGCGCCUCCACUUUAGGGAGGAACUUCAACACUUCUCUAAUCACAAUUCUUGGCCACGCAAAAGCGCAAUGAUCCGCCUCAAUACCAUACUUGACGAACAAGGAUUUAUUCGAGUUGGAGGACGGCUGCGGCACUCGCUGCUUCACCCGGACGAAAAAUAUCCACUAAUAUUACCCCAACGCUCGCAUCUCACUCACCUUUUAAUUGCAGAUGCUCAUGAAAGGACACUACACGGAGGCACACAGCUUACACUCAAUUACCUGCGGUAACGCGUCUGGAUUCUACGAGGACGUCGGCAGGUCAAGUCGUACAUCUUCCGAUGCCUGCGAUGCUGGCGUCAACGAGCACAACCCUCUACGCAACUCAUGGGUAACUUGCCCCGUAAGCGUGUACAACGUUACCGCCCAUUCCUUCACUCUGGUGUUGAUUUCGCGGGACCAAUAAAUCUCCGACUAUCCAAGGGACGAGGAACUAAGUCAUUUAAAGGCUACAUAUGUGUGUUUGUAUGCCUGUCAACCCGAGCUGUUCACCUUGAGGCUGUCUCAGGCUAUUCGUCAAACGAAUUUCUCGCAGCCUACAAGCGUUUCUCCGCCAGACGAGGAAUAUGUGCCUCGCUCACAAGUGAUUGUGGUCUCAAUUUUGUCGGAGCCAGCAAGGAACUCAAGAUUUUGUUUCAACGAGCAAGCACGCACUGGAGAGAAAUUGCUAACCUCUUGGCCAAUGACGGGACUGAGUGGCGCUUCAAUCCACCCGGAGCUCCCCAUUUUGGUGGAAUCUGGGAGGCAGCCGUAAAAUCCACCAAAUUUCAUUUGAAACGGGUCAUUGGAGAAACGCCCUUAACCUUCGAAGAGAUGACGACUUUGCUCGCUCUUAUCGAGGCAACCUUGAACUCACGACCAUUGCAAGCAAUAACCGACGACCCGGAAGACUUAGCCGCCUUAACUCCGGGACACUUUUUGAUCGGUGAACCUCUUGUAACCAUCCCUGAACCGUCCACGCUCGACCUCUCCGCUUCGCGACUGAGCCGCUGGCAGAUGCUUCGCAACAUGCAUGAGCACUUUUGGAGUCGGUGGUCAGAAGAAUACCUUCACACUCUACAGCAGCGGUCAAAAUGGCGCACUGAGAAGACCCAAAUCAGAGUGGGUGAACUCUGUUUGCUGCGCAAUGAGCAAUAUCCACCUUGCAAGUGGCCAUUGGGCCGUAUUGUUAAAGUCUAUCCCGGACCCGAUGGUUUGGUUCGAGUCGUGGAUGUUAAAACAGCAACCUCAUGCUACAACCGGCCAAUUUCGAAGAUCAGCGUUUUGCCACUUGAAGAUGAUGAUUCCCCAGUAACUGGCGAAGGCGGGCGGGAUGUUCCAAAACCCAACUAAGAAGACCUUUUCACGUUCAUGUAUACACACUACACUGACACACUUAUAUACUUACACACAAACAAGCUGUUGGUCACAGGUCAACCGCGAUUUUGGCUUACUUGGCUCUGAGACGCGAAAGCAAUAACAUCGCACAAACCUACAUACGACAAUACACAUUCUACAGUGCCAACAUUGAAUUAAGUUAUAAAUAAAUUUAAGUAUAUUGCAGUGAAGUGCUACCAAGUUUAUUUUUAC